UAAGCACGUAAUAUCUUUCAAGAUAUCCGAACACACUUAUGAGUUGCCGUCAUUUUCCUGUCUGGCAUGGAAGAACUUUUGAAAUAAACAGGAUUGACUAUGAGCUGCACAAAUAUUUUCCAAGUAAGUUAAGCGGUACAAAGAUACAACAACAGAAUAUUUAUAACAUGGUUCACUCGGAAUUGUCUUCACGAUGCAUGGUUUUGGACCAGCUUGAACGUGAAAAUUCUGCUCUGUUAUCCAGAAUCAGCCGUUUUGAAGCCUUUUUGGAUGCGCUGAAUUACGAUCAUAUUCAAGGAAAUCAGACAACCGUAAAUAGACCCCAGCUGUAUUUCGAACCAGCAACCAAAACGGCCAGUUUGUGUGCAAAUGCGUUUCCUUCGAACUCCACGUGUAACAGGAAUCUCCAAGGUGUUGGUACUUCGAACAUGUGUAUCACAGAACCGAUCGUACCGGGCAGGAAAAUCUUCCCUUCUAAAGAAUUAGUUGAAAUUCCUCUCAAUAAACUAGACAGACAAUGUGGCAUUUGCUCGAGCAGAAUUCACCAACACCGUAGUUUGAAUCGUCCGCCGGAAUCCAUGCUGUCCAAUCAGGAUGAUUUGGGUGAGUCUAUGCAUGUGGGCAUGGAUGAUUUCUAUUUGGGAAGUGAUUCAACUGUGAACAUCCACAUCCAAUUAAAGCAGGACCAUUGUGGCUCCAGCACCCAGAGAAGUGAAGUCGGUGUGUCUUUUUCAAAUGAGACGCCUCGCAGAAUUACUACUGAGCAAGUAGGUAUCAUUCUGUAUCGUAUUAUUGCUCAACUCAAGGGCAUUCAGAAACGAACUUGGAAGCCUCACGAAACGAUUGACAAACGCCAAGGUAAAGAUUCUGCAAACUCUUUCGGCUCAUGGGAUACUCCCACGCAAACAUCUACCCCAAAAGCUUCUAAGGUGGGAACGGCUGUCGACGCGCAACAGAUGCAUAAA